GUUUCCGGAGUGUAAAAGAAUCAACACGUAGUUGGAAAAGUCGGUAAAACACGCCAUCCUUUACAGGAUGGAUAAAUCCACAACGAUGAAAGUCAUGGUCCCUAUAAUCGUUGCUUUAAUUCAUGUGGGUCAUGGAGCGGCAGAGCUUGGGUUUGCAGGAGACCUCCAGAACCGCACAGCCAGACAGCUGAACUGCGUGGAGAACCAGGAAUACCCUCACAUCAACUUCUGCUGCAAGAACUGUGAAGCUGGCACUUAUGUGAAACAAAAGUGUAGCAGUGACCAGGAGAAGGGCAUUUGCGCUCCAUGUGAGAAGGGCACGUAUGCCGAACACCCCACAGGCAUGGAUCAGUGUCUGCAGUGCAGCCAGUGCCACAGAGAUCAGAUCGUGGUUACAGAAUGCACCAGAGCAAGCAACACCAAGUGUGAAUGCAAACCCGGUACCUUCUGCCUGCCGGACGAGCCCUGUGAAGUGUGCAAGAAAUGCGCCAAGUGCAAAGCUGAUGAGGAAGAAGUGAGCCGCUGCACUGCGACAUCCAAUACGAAGUGCAGGAAGCGAAACUCUCCUCCGACAGAAGGUCCAACGGACAAGCCUUCGGCAUCAAAUAACACUGUUGCUACAGCAGUUGGUAUAUCAGUUUUAGUACUGCUGAUUGUAAUUGCGGUUGGAAUGUUUUUCCUCCAUAAGAGACGCCAACGUCGACUAAGCGACCCUGCUGGUGAUUGUAAAGAAGUGAAGGUUCCUAUUGAUGAGCGUUCAAGAUCAGAAGAGGACCAAGAGAACAGCCACAAUGCUGGAUUAGAGAGGGAAGAGGGGCAACGCCCAGAGUCCCGCCCCUUGUUGACGCAAGAAACGCAGGAAACAUGCACCAAGAGCAUACCAGUGGAAGAUGAGGACCGGGGAUUGGGCGACAGCUUGCCAAACACCACCAGCUCUUCCCAAACCAGUCUAUCUGCCCUCCCUCCUGCAGUCUACAACGAGGAAUCACCACGAUCGAGUCCCUCAGCCCUGAGACAGACGGAGACAGUUACAGAGCCAUGGGCACGGGAUGAUGGUCCUCCCAGAAGACUUGUUCCUUUAAUUGGCCCCGUCUGGGUUCCACUGAUUCCACUGCUGAGAUGCCCACUCGUUUGUGACACCUCCAGAACCAACAGGAGCAUGAGCUACAGCAGCAACCUCUUGCACCAGAGCAUCCUCGAGUGA